UCAAAAGAUUAAUCAACUUUAUACGACGGUUUUAUUCAGCCAUGAAAUACUGCAGGGGAUGAUGUCCAAGGGUUUCUCCUUGCUAACCUUCAAUUCAUCGCAUGAAAUGAAAGACUUGAUUCAAUUGGAUUUUGGAAGUUUUGGCUUUAUGCAUUCGACUCUUUUAAUUUUAUAGAUUUGAGGUUUAAGGAUGUUAAUGGAAAUUAGGGUUUUAGUUAACUAUGUGGAAGUCUGCGUUUCUUCUUCGUCAAAAUGUUACGGUGCGUUGCAACAUUCUUUCUUAUAAUAUGAUCACGGCUACUUUUCAUUCUCAAACUCGUUUUUCAUCCCCACAAAUGAACUAUGAGCUAACAGAUUCCGUUCUUUCUUUUAAAGGAAUGAUUGAGACCAUACCUGUACCCCCUGUUCGUCAGUUCAAUCAUAUCUUGAUUAAAAUUGCUAAGAUGAAGCAAUACCCUACUGCCAUCUCUCUCAUUCUGGACCAUGACUUGUUAGGCUUCAACUCUUCUGUUAAACCUAAUUUAUAUACAUUUAGCAUUGCCAUAAACUGCUUCUGCCAUACGGGUAGAGUGGAUUUAGGUUUCUCAGUGUAUGGAAAAGUGGUUAAGCUUGGUUACAAGCCCGAUUCUGCUAUCAUUAAUACUCUGAUAAGGGGGCUUUGUGAUAAUGGUAACAUUUGUGAGGCGCUUAAGUUUUCUGAAAUGAAUAUGAAUAAUGGAUUACAACCAACAGUAGUUACUUUUGGUACAAUAAUAAACGGCAUUUGCAAAAAAGAUGGUCCACAAGCUGCUCAUCGUUUUCUUCAGCUUGUGGAGGAAACUAAGGGCUUUCAUCUAGGCGCAACUGAGUAUAAUACAAUCAUCAAUGGCCUUUGCAAAGAUAGACAUCUUACUGAAGCUCGUGAAAUCUAUUUCGAAAUGGAAAAGAAAGGUAUUCUUCCAGAUGUUAUAACAUUCAAUAGUUUGAUUCAAGGUUACUGUAAUUUGGGUCUUUGGGAAAAGGUGAAUGGAUUGUCUACUGAAAUGAAAGACCAGGGAAUUUCAUAUGAUGUAGUCACGUUUAGCAUUUUAGUUCAUUAUUGGUUUAAACAAGGUCGGACUGAAGAAGCACAUAAAAUUAUUAAAUUGAUGUUGGAAAGUGGAAUGAAGCCCGACACUUAUAUGUAUACUUCAGUAAUACAUGGCUACUGUUUGCUUCGUAAAGUAGAUUAUGCUAGAAAGAUUUUCACUUUUAUGAUUGCACAAGGGUGUGUGCCUAGUGCUUUCACUUACACUACACUAAUCAAUGGAUAUUGUUUGGUUGGAAAAGUGGAUGAAGCUAGAGAGAUCUUUGAGGUUAUGAUUCAAGAAGGGUAUGCACCUUGUGUUGUUAGCUAUAGCAUCUUGAUUGAAGGGUACUGCAAGAGCAAAAAGAAAGAAAAGAUAGAAAAAGCUUGGGAUCUCUUUAGUGAAAUGUAUGGAAAUGGAAUUGUUCCUAAUGUAGUCACCUGCACCUCUCUUAUAAAUGGUUUAUGUCAUGUGGGAAGACUCAAAGAGGCAUUUCAGCUUCUUAAAGAUAUUCCGAAUUGGGGUAUUUAUCCAAAUAUAUUUACUUACUCUACUUUGAUAGAUUCUUAUUUAAAAAAUGAGAAAAUGGAUGAGGCCCUUAAGUUAUUUAAAACUAUGGAAUGUAUUGGCAUUAAACCUGACAUUGUUGUUUGCACUAGCCUCAUUGAUGGUAUGUGUAGGGCUGGGAAAGUCGAUGGUGGCUAUCAGGUUUUUCUUAGACUUGCUGCAAGUGGUUUGCACCCUAAUUGUCAUACUUAUAAUGUCUUGAUGGGUGGAUUUUUUAAGCAUGGUUAUCUUAAAGAUGUGAAUGAUCUGAUUCAAGAAAUGGAGGUUGAAGGUUGCAUGAUGGAUGGUGUUACUUAUAAUUUAGUUAUUCAGGGAUUUCUUCAACAUAAUGAGACAAAAAGGGCACUUUUAUAUCUUGAAAGCAUGCUUGAUGUUGGUUUCUCUGCAAAUGCAAGCACAACAACCAAACUAGUGUACUUGUUGGCCACAAAACAUUUGAAUAGGGCAUCGAAGGAAUUGCUUAAGAAGUUUUUUAGUCAACAGAAAAAAAAGGUUAGAUGUUGUGGGAUUUUGGACAGAAGGGGAAUUCGAUUCCGUUCCAAUCUGUGUUUUGUUGCAAAAAAGUAUGGAAUUAAAUUACAUAAGAAAUCACAAAGGGUUCUUUGACCAAUGUAUUUUCACAUUCCAUCUUAAAACCCAUGGAAUCCAACCUGCAGCAUUUUUCCUCCCUGCAGAAAGUACUCAAUACCCUUUUAACCCUACAAGUUCACAAGUAUGCUUGCUAAUCCUUCAAACAUGUGGCUGAAUGGAAUCCAAAUCCUUUAAAUUCCAAUUCCUUCCAAAACAUUCGGUUAACCAAACGCCCCCUUAGAUUCCAAUUCCAAUAAAGGAAAUGAUUGAAAGCACAGGCAUAGAGGGUGUAAAACACAAGCCAGUUGACAAUGCUGACCAAAAAGACAUCUGAAAGCCAAAUUUGGUAGAAAAGGAUCAGCUACAUUCCGUAGAUUCAUUCUUGGAUAAAGUGAUUGGAAUACUGGUACUGGAUUUGUGUGAUUCAAAUUCAAUUAGGGUUCCAAAGAACAAAAUUGGGUGUGAUCCGAAUCUGCAUUAUGGCAGUUAUGUCCACCAGACAAACAAGUACUGUGGUGCAAGUCUGGAUCAUGAACUGGAAGAACCCACUGAGCAGAAGUUUAGCCCUUGGCGUGUCUAUGGUAUUUCCUGUGAGGACAAGCAGGCAGGCAGAAGAAAAGUUGACAAUGCGAUAAUCUGGUGGAAUUGGAAUUCGAGAUUCCCUUCCGCUAUUUAUUUGUCAAUUGCCUUCUACAAAAUUGCCACUCACCUUCAACUAUUUCAAUGCUAUUUGACUUGACUGGUGUCUAAAAAUAAGUUUGUAAACUAGUACUUCCAUGUUUAAUAUACACUUAUAUAGUUAUUAGGUGUGAAACCUGUGUACUACACAAGUUUAUUAAAAAUAAAGUUUUUAAUAUAAAGUUGUAAGCA